AUAAACAAACAAAGCAAUCAUACUUUUCUUGGUUGGGCCUUUAUUCAUUCCCAUAUAUCACAUCUCCCAUUUUUUUUUUUAAAAAAAAGACCACUAAUAUUUUAUAGCCACCACCAUUUCUCCAUCUCCUUUAUUCUCCGGCCUUCUCCUCCCAACAUUUUCUCCCCCAAGAAUCAUAACCCCUUAAUUUUUUCCUACCAUCAAGCUUUGAUCCAUCUUUAAUUUUUUCUUUGUUUGCGUUGAGCGAUUGUUUUGAUUUCGUUCGAAAACAAAAAAUCAACCGCUCUCGCAGAAGAAAAAAAAAGAUCAAGAAGAUGGGGGAGGAACAGAAGUGUCACAAAGCCGGUGGAGGACACCGGCUUUGCGCCAACAAUUGCGGGUUUUUCGGGAGUAGCACCACCCUCGACAUGUGCUCCAAGUGCUACAAGGAUCAUUGCCUCAAGGAGCUACAGAUGAAGGAGGCGGCGCACUUCGUCAUGGACGCUGCCGCCUCCGUGGAGGCGGCAGAGAAAAGACGACAACCCACGAAUGGGUUGUCUUUUCCCCUGUCUCUCCCGGCGCCUUCUUCGUUGUGGUUAAAGCGCGAUGAUGCGCCUGAUACGGCGACGGAGGAGCCGGGGGAGACGGCGGCGCCGUGUAGGCCGAUCAGGUGCGGGACCUGCCGGAAGCGGGUGGGGCUGACGGGGUUCACGUGCAGGUGCGGGGUCACGUGCUGUGGGGCCCACAGGUACCCGGAGCGGCACGGGUGCACGUUCGACUACAGAGCGGCGGGGAGGGAGGAGAUCGCCAGGGCCAACCCGGUUGUCAAGGCGGAGAAGCUUGACCGGAUCUGACGGCGGCGGCGGGAAUUUGGGCGGGGCUGAUCGGACGGCGGAGGAGGCGUUAGACGAUGGUGACUUAUAGUUGGUUGGUUGGUGAUUGGUAUGGGGGGCUUUGAAUAACUCAUGUUGCCUCAUUAUUGUACGUUGAAAUGUCUCAAGGAGGAUUAUUAAUGAUAAUGCUUUUAUAUACUUACUCCAUUCACAAAUAAAUUUUUUGUUGCGCG